AUGGCACCGUCCGAUGCCGAUGCCGAUGCCGACACCUUCCACGCCUUCCCGUCUCUGCCGGCCGAGCUGCGGUGCAUCAUCUGGCGCCUCGCUGCGUUCCCCCGCAUCGUCACGCUGCACCAGCGGCCGCCGAGGCUGGGAUCCAAGCGAAAUCCAAAAUACCUCGUCGACCAGUACUUAUUCCAUUGCGACUCGGUGCCGGCCGUCCUUCAUGCCUGUCGCGAAUCGCGCAGAGAGGCGCCCUACGUCCGCACCCUCCGCGACCGCAAGAGCCCACGUUACAUCUGGCUCAACUACGAGCUCGACACCGUCCGCUUUGUCGACAACGCCAUCUUCCUUGACAGACUAAGCGACCAAGAGUGCGCCGCCAUGAAGCGCAUUAUACUGCACUUCAGCGAGAUCGACCCUAAUUACUUCGCAGUCGGCGUAAACGAUCUGGACAGGUUUUGCAACCUCGAGAGCGUGCAAGUACAUACCGCAUAUGGCUUCGCUCCGUGGAGCCAUACGGUAGGAUUCCUCGAACGUGCAUUUCAACAUUGGUUUGGGGGCUGCAACGACGGGUGGGUGUGUCCCGAGAUCAGCUUGAUAGACCUCGAGACUGGCUUCGAGCUAAUUUCCCCCGGUCCGGAAUUUCGCCGGGCACCGAAAUCCGGCUCUGAUUUUAUUGUCCGAUCGGUCAGGGAACUAGGCAGCAAUAUGCGCCUAGCCAAGAACACGCUUCCCCAAACGACACUCUUCAACAAUCACGAUCUCUUUGAGAACAGCGAGACAUCUCUGCCGCACCGUCGAGUAUCACGACUACCUGUAUGAAAACCAUAUACAAGGAAAAUGGGAAGAGGCAGGCAUGACGGUCGGGGAGACGACAGAUUCGGCCUGCAACAAACUCUUUGGCCUCAAAAGGCGCUCCCUACGGUGCGGCAGCAUACCACUUCACCGCAGUCGGGCCGGACCAGGUCUACAAGAUUGCGUGACAACAGUUCACAUCUGCAAGCUUUAUGGAAUUGCUGUUACAGGCGUGCUAGAGGCUGGCGCAUAAGGUAGA